CAAUCACUUUUAUUAUUGAUUUUGAAUACUAAUGAAUACGUAUGAAUUGCAUGGCUGAUACUAAAUAAUAGAAAACAAUAUAUGACAAGCGAAUUCUCUAGUUGGUUAUCAGUAAUAGAUUAUAAUGGAUAGUUUAUCAUUAUUAUACUUAUUUUGUAUCAUUGUUUGUGAUCAAACGCAUGCUGACUUAUUUAGGUAAGAUUUUCUUAUUAACAGCGAUCAGCUAAGAACGCUAUACAUCAAGAUCAUUUGUCUGCACCAUUGAUCCUGCAGCAACAACUUUCGAAUAGUCUCUCAGAACUCAAAUCGGGACCCGUUCUUCUAGAAUAUGUUUAUGAAAACAAAAGAAGACUUGUGCCAUUUCAGGAUAUCACUGAAGCCUGGAGCCAACAAAUUACCCCAAGUAGAGCAACAAUCAAUAUCAUCAGUAGUUCAGCUAAAUAGUGAAUCAGUUACCGUUCCUUUAACAAAUUAUUUCGAUACAUACUGGUAUGGCACAAUUGGUAUCGGAACUCCUCCUCAAUAUUUCGAUGUUGAUUUUGAUACCGGUUCAUCUGAUUUGUGGGUGCCAUCUAUAGCUUGUGUCUCCUCGGCAUGUAAAAGUCUAACGAGAUAUCGUAGUUCAGCUUCAAGCACGGCAGUUUUGACAGGAGUACCAUUUAGCAUAUUAUAUGGUGAUGGAACAACUGUUGCUGGAAAUUUUGUCAUUGAUCGUAUCACUAUUGGUUCUGCCGAAAUAGUAAAUCAAACAUUUGCUCAAGCAACAACGAUUUCAUCGAGUAAUUCGAUCACCAGCAUCAUGGGUUUGGGUUAUCGAUCGAUUACGAGUGGUACAGAGGCACCCGUAUUUUACAAUAUGAUCUCUCAAAAGCUGGUGUCAGCACCUGUUUUUAGCGUUUGGCUCGAUCCCGUAGAAACCGAUGAACGCCAAGGUGAGCUACUAUUCGGUGGUUCGGAUCCAAAUUAUUAUGUGGGAGAUUUUACCUAUGUGAGUGUCACUACACAGGGUUAUUGGCAGUUUCAAAUGGACGGUAUAUUUAUUAAUGAUCAAAGUAUUUGCACUUCGUGUCAGGCCAUUGCUGAUACUGGUACCACACUUAUUUAUGGUCCAUCAUCUGCUAUCAAAACUAUCAAUCGUCUGUUGGGUGCUACUUCUUAUCAGGGUUAUUAUCAAAUAUCGUGUGACAAGACAAAUUUACCUGCGGUCACAUUUACGAUUGGUGGUACUAAAUUCUCAAUUACUAACUCUCAAUAUUUGUUUCCGUUGGACGGUUCGACCUGUAUCACCGCUUUCGUAGCCCAAAGUGGCAAUUUGUGGACACUGGGUGACACAUUUCUCACACGUAUUUACACGGAAUUUGACAUGGGAAAUAAUCGAAUAGGUUUUGCAAAAUCAUUAGCUUAUAGCCAAGAUAGUACCGUCAGCUCGUCAAGCACCAGCAAGUCGACUACUCGCUCACAAUCAACAUCGACAACGCAAAAAAUAACGACGGUCAAUACAUCAAUUAAAACACAAACGACGACAGGAGUGAAUUUGACUAAAACGACAACGAUCAAUUCAACUGCGACACGUCACACAACGGUUCAAUCCACAGUUGCCACCUGUUUCUCCGGUGAUAGCUUCGUCAAUAUGUUUGAUGGUUCGUAUAAAACUUUUAGUCAACUACAGUCGGGUGAUAUUGUGAUGGCAAUGAAUUCUGAUAACACUAAGAUAGAACCGGCUGAAGUUAUGAUAAUGUUUGAUAUAGAGCCAAAUAAAGAAGGUGCGUUUCUAUUUAUAUUUUAA